AUGUAUUUUAGUUUUUUAGAAACAUCAAACAACAACAACAAGUCUGUAACAACAAGAAUCAUCACCAUCAUAUUGUUACUACUACUACUACUACAAGUCAAUAUCAUUCUCACAAAUGUAAUUGUUUGGCCGAUAUCAGAAGGAGGAAAUGGACAUGGCUACUAUUUGAUACCAAUAAAUCCAAUAUCAGCUACAGAGGCAGCUAUUAAUUGCUCGAGUAAGAGUAACAAUACUGUUAAAUCAUACAUGGUGACACUUGAUUCAAUGCAAGAGGUUAGUUUUAUCAAAAGCGUUUUUGGUCAAGAGAUUUCAACAGAUUACCAAAAAAUUUGGAUAUCUGGUAGAGAUGUUGGAUUGACAGGUAACUUUACCUAUUCAACUGGACCAGGAACAAACCAACCACUAUUUAAUACGUAUACUGGUCAAUGUUUUGUAAAUUAUAAUGAUAAUGACAAAGUCUAUGGAACAAUAUGUGAAGUAGAACCGAUUGAAGAGGUAUAUAUUCCAACAAUUGGUACAAAUGGAGGAUCAAUAACAAUCAACAAUCUAUCACAAUUCGACAUACAAACAAUCAAUAUUACAUUUUUCAAUCCAAGCAAACAACUAUCAAAAUCAUGUCAAAUAACAUCAAAACAAGGAACAUCAAUCACUUGUAUAGUUCCACCUCUAUCUGGAUUCCAUAAUGUAAUUGUUCAAGAUGCUAGUGGAGUCAACUCAACACACUAUGCAUGGCAACCAUAUCCACCAUUUAUUAAAGCUGUAUAUCCAUCAUUCACUGCUAAUGGAUUGGUUACACUGAUUGGUGAUAACUUUGGUGAUGAUACCACUGACAAUCAAGUAUCUGUCAGAAUUUCAAGAUCCAGAAUUCCAUGUAAUAUUUUGCACGCAUCCUCAACUCAAAUUAUUUGUCAACUCGAAUCAACUCUUGGUUUUGUCACACUCCUUCCCAUUGAAGUUAGAGCUGAUACUAUUUGUACUGAAACAUUUAAACCUCAUAUUUUCUGUGACAAUAGAUUCUGUUCAACUAUAAUGCUUGGAACAAAUUUUAACAAGGCUUUACAAUUGGUACCCGAUAAAAUUAAGAUGGGUGCAUCUCCAAAUCCACCCUAUAUUGGUGUUUUUGAUACAAAAGAAAUAAAUAAUGGUCCUCUAAAAGGGACACCAUCCCCACUUUAUUCAGUCGAGGCUUACAAUAUGGAUCCAGGUAAUAAUGUAUAUUAUCGGUUGGAUAAAAGUGCGGUUAGUGCAGAUGAUAGAAAACCCUCUAUUCCGUCACUUAUUGUAUUUCCUCCAGUUGAAUCACCAGUUAUUCAAAAUGUUACCAAUAUUCAUUAUGGACUCCGUUCACAUGUUUCAAUCAAUGGUAAUCAUUUUGGACAAGACCAUUCAUAUGUUUUGGUAUCGAUUCAUGGAAGUCAAUGUGUAUCACCAAUGUUUAUUGGAAAUGACUUUAAACAAAUAACUUGUUUAUUCGAUGGCUCAAUCCCUGCAAGUAAUCCUGAUUUCUUUAAUAUCCUAACAAUUAGAAUUGCUGAAAAGGUUACAUCAAAAGUGAUAUCUCCUCCAAAAGAAUGUUUAAAUAAUUGUUCAAAUAAUGGAAUAUGUAAUCCGAUGUUUGGUAGUUGUAAAUGUGAUAUUGGUUAUGAAUCAUUGUUGGAUUGUUCAUUAUUGGUUAACCCCGAUCAAAUAUUAAAUACUACUAUUCAAGAUGAUGGUAAAUCAACUUUAUCAAUGAAUGAAACAGAGGUUGGAAUUGUUGUCAAUUUUACAACUGGAAUUCAAUUCAUUCGAGAGAUUGAUCAAGAUAAUUUAAUUAUUCAAACCAUAUCAAUGGAUAAUAUAACUUGGAUACAAAAGAACAUUGCAACUACUGGUGAAUCAAUAUUUAUUGGAACUAUUUUUGACAACUCAAUGAAAAUACAAGUCAAAGCACACCAAUACAAACAAUCAAAUACAACUAGAUUUGCAGGAGAGGAUAUACAACUAUCACCAAAUUCAAUCAAAUAUAAUAUUAAAAUCACCAAUUGGACUUGGAAAUCACCAAUCAACACACUUCAAGUAAUAUUCUUGUCAAAAUCAGAUUCAGUAAAAAUAGACAAAUGUGGAAGAAAGCAAUCAAAGACUGAAGCAUCAUUUGGUGAUCAAAUUGUAUGGACUAGAGUUCAAGUUGGUCGAUCACUACUCAAUUGUAAAAUAGCAAGUAGAAUGAUCAUCGACAAUGACACAAUCAUUCCAUCAAGAGUAACCAUUCUUCAAGACGAUGACCCACAAUCAAAACAAGUAAACAUGGUCGAGAAACAAGAAUAUAAUAUGUUGACAGCAUUCAAUGUACCAAGAUUCAGUCAAUCAGUAGAACUAGAUCCAGCAUUUAGUGCACUCAUUCUUGAUGAAAAAGAUCAAAUCAAUUUAGGUGAUGAUAGUCACUGUGAAGAUUUAACUCAAUUUGAAAAAUGGAAAAUCAUAAUCAUUGUAGUUUUUGUAUCAAUUAUUUUAAUCUCUAUUACCUUUGUCAUUAUAAUAGUUACAAAGAAAAAGGUCCAAUUGAAAUUCACAUCAAAAUUAAACAAAGGUUUAAAUUUAAAUCAAAAAGAUAUUCAAAUGGUAUCUCUACCUCCGAAACCUCCAACAAAACAACAACAACAACCACAACAAAAUAACAUUAGUGUCCAAAUCAAAUCAAAUAAUUUAAAUCCAGUACAAAACAAAAUUUCAGAUUGGGUUACUGAGAAAUCAAAUAAAUAA